GAUACCAAAACGGGACCCGACGCGGAAUGCAAGGUUUAAUAGGAUUCUAGCACACGCACGCGCUUUAGGAAGUGUGUGCAUCUGGAAUGUCAAGUAAGAGAGAAAAAAAAGCCACACAAAAAAAGGUAUGCAUGCAAGAAGUACCCUUUCUGAUGAAUUGCUUCGGUGUUUUGAAGUUUUAGUCCCGUACCUGAAAUCGAUUGACAGGCAGGCUAGAAAAGUGAUUAUCAUAAUUGUAUAAGAAGUGUAAACGUUCUUUUUGUUUUUCCAGUCAAACACCAUCAAAUAUCACCUCCAACAUGGGCAUCCUUGACGAGAAAGCUUACGAACAAAGAAAGCGGCUGAUAGCAAAUGCGAUUGCUACUUUCAAGCAAACUUCAAAGAAGUCUUUAUUGACAUAUUGCCUUCUGACAUUCUUGAUCCUUAAUGCUGUUUCAAAUGUAUUCACAAAUCGUGCUUCCCAUGCACCCAUUCAAACAAUGAUAGAUGACGUCGUUCAGCGGCCGAUUCGAAUCGAAGAUCGUACCUCAUUUGCGCAAAUGGGCAUGCGAGCGAAAUUGUACAUUGAUUUCCUGAAAUCAGGAAAGGCGAAAUCCAAAGAAUUCACACGUUAUGAAGAGGCAAUUUGGGACUUCGUACCACGUAUCACAAACCUUCGUGAGAGUCGUUUGCGUCGUACAUCUUUAUCUAAAGACAGAAAAAGUCGCGGGAUCGUAAUGACAGCCGGAAGAGAUAAUUUUGAAUAUGCCAACCACUUUAUCGCUACAGUUCGUGAAGUUUUCCAUAGCAAACUUCCCAUCGAAGUGUACUAUUAUGGACAAGAGGAUAUGCCGGAUUCAAUGGCAAAUUUCCUAGAAAGUUCAUAUAAAGAUGUUGACGUGAUCGAUUUGUCAAAAAGACAAAAUCCUUUCAACGAAUCAGUUGCUAAGCUCGAUGGUGGAGGCUGGGCUAUGAAACCAUUUGCACUUUUGACAAGUAGCUUUGACGAAGCAAUGCUUGUAGAUGCAGACACAGUUUUAGUCAUGCCACCAGAGGAUAUUUUCAAGAGUGAAGGAUAUCGAAAGACUGGAACGCUAUUCUUUCAAGACAGAUUGGCCCAAUGUACAGGAGAAGAAAACGUACCGCAUGAAAUGCAUAAAUUCCUCAAAGAUCAAUUCGGCGUAGACGGACCACCAGCAUCGAUCAAACACGAAUUAUUCUGGCAAAAAAGUUGUCAUCACUAUCAAGAAUCCGGUCUCUUACUCGUCAAUCUCAACAAGCCUGAAGUGUUUGGAUCACUCUUAUUGACAUCAUGGAUGAAUACCCGCAAAGUGAGGGAGACACAUACAUAUCAACAAUUCCAUGGCGAGAAAGAAUCUUUUUGGCUUGCAUUUGAGCUUACUCAUCAGCCUUAUUCGUUCAACAAGCAAUACGGUGGCACAAUUGGAGCAGAAUACUCUCCUCAUGUGGAUGGCUUUUGCUCAGACCACCUUUUGCACUUUAUCAGUGAUAUUCAAGAGCAUUCCAUCGCUUCAAAAUUCCAUCGUAGAGAUGCCGCUGUUCAAAGCUUUGGCAUCCCUACAGGCAGGCCAGCUUGGAUCAAUGGUUCUUUGAGGAGAAACAAAUUACGUUUAUCAAAAGAGAUGCUUUAUCCUGCCGAGAGUAUCUGGGCAGUCGAUGGUUGGUGGGAAUGGAUGGCCGAAGAACAAACAUUUUGCUUGCGAAAUUAUACUCGUCAACCAUUGAGUAGCUAUGGAUUGCAGGACACGCUCACUAAGUUGGUUUCCGUAGCUGGAAUCGCUGAGAAAAAGGCAGAGAUGGCAGACCUUGAAUGAUUUCGCUGUGCGUACAAUGCUCCAAUCAUAUAACAUUUGAAU